CGCGCGCGGACGGACCAACCGAUCGCUUAGUAGACUGUUGCGAGCGUUCGCGAAUCGAUCUCGCGCGACUUGCCUCCGCAGAAAUUAAAAAAAAAAACUGCGGCCAAGAAGGAAGGUGUCUCCGCUCGGGUUCAGAUUUUUUCGGAUUAGUUAGCGUUUAACCGUCACACCGAUAAGCUCGUUCUGGUUCUUGAAGUGCGCUGUUGCUGGAAGUACAACAACAAGUUGCAACAGCUUUCAGUGCAAUCAGCAGUGCAGUGUUGUGCGGUUCUCGUUCUCCAAAGUUUGUGAAGUUUUCAGUUCGUUUUUUAUUGAGGAUUGAGCAGGGUGUAAAGUGAACCGUAACUUUGAACAGUCAAGUUGAGGUGAAGUUCUGGGGACUGGAUUAGAGUGAAGAAAUUGCGUGCGGUAACCCCAGAGGGAGAAAGUGAAUCGAUUUUCCUCUCGACGGUGCUUUUCGAUAAAUAAAACAAAGUGAGUGUGUAUGUUUUGCCUCUUUGCCCCGUAAAGUAAGCUCUCUGGAAACCCAUCAACGCGGAUCGCUACGAGUGGCACAUUUUUCCAAAGCUGGCUCUAGCUAUCCAACUAACCUGGCCAGCAGCAGCCAGCAAUAAGCCUUACAAUUAAAAGUGAAGUUGAGCACUUUUUCUUCGUGGCCAGUGAAGGCAAAAUAAAAUAAUAAUAAUAACAUAGAGCUAAAGCAAACGUACAUAAAGCCGUGCUUUUUUGCAGUGCACACGCUCUGCCCACCAACAACAACGACGACGACGACGACGACGACGGACCGACGAACGAACGACGGCAGGUUCCAGCAAAACCAGCUGAGGCUGACCGCCGAUCGCGAAACAAGUUACUUACUGCCCGCAUGGUAGCUCUAGUAUCGCUUUUUCCUCUCGCCCCUAGAAACCAGCAAACAUCAACAAACACUUGAAAACGCCAAGACUGCAAAAAUUUCACCCCCUAUCCGAACUGGAAUUUCUCUAACAAAAACUAAAAAUAAAUCCCAAUUUUAUUUUUUUGCGCAAAGUGGCGACGAGGAAAACUUCGACAGCUUUGAAGCUCGAACGUUACUUAACCGAAUUAUAGACAAGUGAAUCCCCACUGACCAAAAGUAGACGACGAACAAGAAGAAGUCGAAGAAGAAGAAGAAGCAACGAGUGAAGUGAAGCAAUUAAAACUCGGACAAAGUUUUUGGAGGCCUUUGGGAGGCUGCAGCCGUGCAUUGUUUUCGGCGCGGGCGCGAUCACCUCGAUCUUUCUCGUCGCUGCCGCUGUUGGAGGGUUUUAUGUAAUUCGUGAAUUUUUCGAUUUUUGUGUUCAGCAGUAAGCAGGCAGCAGUAAAUGCCAACGGUGGUAGUAGUAGGCAGACGAAGACGCACACCCAAGCCCCAGUCCCAAUGGGAAGCUACUAAUUAGUGGAAAAUUAGAUUAAUAAAUUUUUCGAAAAGCCUAAACACGCCGAAGCGAUAAAAGAAACGAAGAGUAGCGAAAUCGGUAGCAAAGCAAAGCGCGAGAGAAAAGCACAGGAAUAACAAUUUGAUUAAGUGAAAACGCUGGAUUUGGCGGAAUUGAGCGAUUGAAGGUAUUUUCUCUUGAUAGGGACAACGACGGAGAACCCGAGUGGAAGUGAAUUGAAGAAGGUGUGUCUUGAUUUUUUUCCCCCGAACGCGCCAGUGCGUGGGUGUUGGUGCAAUUCGACAAAGUAAAAAAAAAAACGAAAGUGAUUGAAAAGUGCUUUUGGCCGGAGAAUGGAGUGACGGGUGGAAGAAUUCUGUGUUCGGAAGAAUUGAGCGAAUUGAGGAAAGAGAAAGGAAUCUCGGAGUGAUUGAUUCUGGUGAUUUCGUGUUGCUUUUUGUUUUCUGUUGGUUUGGCGGGUGAAGGAAGGAGAUUUCGACGCAGUGAGAGAAAGGAACAAAGAGAUUUAUUGAACCUACAUGAGCAUCGUGCUUCGGAGCGGCUGAAAUAAAUACCCACCCCGCCAAGAUGACGCGACUUGGCCUGUAUAUCGCGGCGUCAUGGACGUUAUUCUGCACCUACAGCGUUGCCAUGCCAGACAUCCACCGGCAGAUGAGCACCGAACAGUUGCGGGAGGUCUUCCACGUGGACCACCCGGACUCAGUACCACACUACGAGCUGAUUCAGCUGACACACCACACCAAUCAACCUUCGUUUCACUACCGCCGCAAAAGAAGCAUAGAGACAGAACCAGGUUCAAAAGGCGGUAGCAGCGGCAACAGUCUACUGCAGCAAGGUGGUGGCACGAACAACCACCACGUGAAGAAAGAUCUGAGCAAAGUGAAGUUUAGUGAGAAAGUGAGUGAGAGACAAGUUCCGGCCAAGAAGCGGACUGUUGCGAAACAACCUACGACGACGGCGCCGUCCGCGAUCGUGGCAAGUGAACAGGAACAGAUCCUGCCGGAAAUGCAACCUCAACAACAACAACAACAACAACAGCCGGAAAGUGUUGAUGAGAAUGAAAGUGAUAGAAGUGAUGAUAGCAAAAGUAGAAUUAGUGAUGCCAGCAUACGGGACAUCAACCAGCACCGGGUGUCUUUCAGUGCCUUCGGGGAGAACAUGAACCUGACACUGGAGAAGACCGAGGGGCUGUUCCGCGAUGGACCGCACUCGUUGCGCAUGUGGAACGUGCGGGUCGACCCGAAUGCGACGCAGGGUCUGGUCUACGAGGAAAUACACGAAGAGAAUCCAGCAGAAGAAGACUCAUUUGGUAACAUUUACCAAGAUCAGCAGAACAUGGCUGCCGUUCUGAUGCGAAAGCAUCUGGAAAGCGGCGAUCUUAUGAUGGAGGGUAGUAUAGGACAUGAACUUGUGAUAAAACCAGUGCCAACCGACAUCUCCCGGGCGGAGGACGGUAGUGUUCAUCAUGUUAUUUAUAAGCGAACCGUGUCAGAGGAACACCACGAUCAUGCCAGUGAUUACGCAUUCAUGGAACCGGACCGGCUGCAGAAGCGAUUUCGCUCCAAGCGUCAGGCAUCGUUCUACAAAUCAUCGCGGGCGCUCGAUACGACCAUCUAUCCGGAAAUCCUGGUCAUAGUGGACUACGACGGCUACCGGUUACACGGCGGCGACAACGUCCAGGUCAAGCGGUACUUUGUCUCCUUCUGGAACGGAGUGGAUCUGCGCUAUCGGCUGCUGAAGGGGCCGAAGAUUCGCAUCAGCAUUGCCGGGAUCAUCAUCUCGAGGGGUCGCGAUGCCACUCCGUACCUGGAACGGAACCGUGUGGGACGUGAUGCGAUCGAUUCGGCCGCUGCCCUCACCGAUAUGGGCAAGUAUCUGUUCCGAGAGCGAAGACUACCGGUGUACGACAUUGCCGUUGCCAUCACGAAACUAGAUAUGUGUAGAAGACAGUAUGCAAAUGACGCGUGUAAUCGCGGUACCGCAGGCUUCGCAUACGUCGGAGGCGCCUGCGUCGUGAACAAGCGACUGGAGAAGGUCAACAGCGUGGCCAUCAUCGAGGACACCGGCGGCUUCAGCGGUAUCAUUGUAGCGGCCCAUGAAGUUGGUCAUCUACUCGGAGCCGUUCACGAUGGAUCUCCCCCGCCAAGCUACCUCGGAGGACCGGGCGCGGAAAAGUGCCGCUGGGAAGACGGAUACAUCAUGUCCGAUCUGCGGCACACCGAACGGGGCUUCCGGUGGUCACCCUGCAGUGUUCAAAGUUUCCAUCAUUUCCUCAAUGGUGACACCGCCAGUUGCCUGCACAAUCCACCUCACGAGGACGAAGCGUUGGGCCGUUCCCUGCCGGGUACGCUCCUGUCACUGGACGCCCAAUGCCGGCGGGACCGGGGGACUUCGGCGUGCUUCAAGGACGAACGAGUCUGCGCCCAGCUGUUCUGUUUCGAUUCGGCCAGCGGGUACUGCGUAGCGUACCGACCGGCUGCCGAGGGAUCCACCUGCGGUGAUGGACAACACUGCUUGGAUGGUAAAUGCGUCGCCGAAAAUGAGAACAUAAUUCCCGACUAUUCACAGCAUACACCGUCGUACGCGCGGUUCAACCAACAACCAGUCAAAUAUAACUACGACGACAAGUCAGGUCAGCAGGAAGAAUAUUAUGAACCAUCUAGUAGCACGUCGUCCACAACGACCACCUCCACAACCACCACCACAACGACAACCACCACCACCACACCACCACCGCCGCCACCGACAUCGACGAGGAAUUAUUACCAAUAUUUCAACCACAAGUCCACGAGUACAUAUCAUACAGUGGAUGAUGAGGACAGCCGAUACAAGAAUUUCAUGAAUGCCAUCAAACGGAAGCGAUUACAACACCUAAAGGAGCAACUGCAGCAGCAGGAAAUCGUCAGCAAUCAGCAGUAGUAGACCGACCAAUAAUGGAAGAGUUUUGUUUUUUACCAACCAUAAAAAAACAAUCGGAAUAGUAGGCAGCGCAGUGCAUCUCCAGCCCCCACAUCCCUGGAACAGUAGGCUUUAGAUUCUAACAAGACAGGCGCCAAGGAGACUGACCUGAGUUCUGCUGGACUCCAAAUGCUGCUUUUUUAGUAAUUUCAACGUAGUCUGCCACCUUCAAGUCCACCCCUUUAACCCAUACCCUCCCACAACCGCACCGUUAGUUUACUUGUUUUGUAUUUUCUUCUUCUAUGAAGAAAGUGACAGCAAACCACGUUUUGACUAUCAAGUAAUCCAUCAUUCGUCUACGAUAGAAACAAGUCUCAUUUCUCUUCAGCUACUAAUUGACACUAGCGCGCAAAAGACCACACCUAAACAAAGCAAGACGUUAAAUUAUGCAGAAAGCAGAAUAAACAUUCAAAAUACAAUUGUGAUAUAAAAUUGUGCAAAUAGGCGAAGAAACUAUUUACUUCUACAGAAUAGUUGUUUCGUAUUAUUUUUUUGUAGUUCUUAAGCAGAGUGACGCAAUUUUUGAGAAAUUGCAUCACAUUUCAUGGUAGGUUUAAGAGUUGAAAAGAUGCACAAUAAUUGCGACUUGUUCGAAUUAUUGACGAAACAUUUCCACAUUGAGAAAAAAAGAAGCAACAAAAGCGAAACUAUAACGGCAUGAACUUCGAUAGGAAAUCAGUCGUCGAAAGAUGAGUUCGAAAUUCAACCAAUGAUCUGUGAUCUUGAAAAUUUGAACUAAUGUACGUUCUAUAAAAAAUCAAUUGUUUUGGAAAAUUCCAUACAUUUCGAACCAGACUCAUCUUAGUUUCGCUGCAAACAACUAAUCGUGACAUUCCUAUAAACAAAUGUUAAAAAAAAAAGUUGACACACACACUGCGCUUUCAAGCGCAGAGUGUCAUCGUAAGAAGCAUUGCCAUAAUUCGUAAACCCUAAAACGUUCAGAACGCAGUUUGUAAGUCUAUCACUUCGCGCGAUCGCCUACUGUAAGUCCCAAUCGGACGAACGAAACGCCCAAUCUUAGCCCCUCAAGAACCAAAAUGAUGAUCACUCUUUAACCAGAUCUCACCACAGAGAACGUGAUCGUCAAGCCUAACUGUAGGCAACAUGCUGUGCACUCACAGCCCAAUCCAAUCCAAUCCAAUCGAACCGCGACACAGCAACCGUUAGCAAAUUUUGUUAUUGCGUUGAAAAAAAAAAUGAUCCAGAAAAAUUACCACCGAACAGAUCAAACGGAAAAACACACAAAAGCACAAAAGUCAAAAUACUUUCAACUGAAAACUGCCCUGAAAGUUGAUUUCGGAAUUAUUUUGUUGUAAAUAAGAGUACGUAUCGUAUGUAUACUAACAUGACUGCUAUACUGCCUCCGCCAAACGAGCAAUCCAAUAAAAUCCACAAGAAGCCUUAUUGUUAACUCUUGAAAUCUUGUUAUUUCUUUUGUACUUAUCCAUGAGCAACAAAACCCGACCUGUAAAUAUGUAACGAUUAUUCUUAAAACACAAAAAACGAACCAACUUUUCUAAUAUUAUAUAAGCAAAUGUCGGAGUAACGAAAAUCGCGUAAACAACGAAAAAGUCUGCCCCGAUUUGAAAUCAGCACAAAAAUCUAAAAAAAAAAAACCAAACUCCAUGCUGGUGCAUGUGGCUCCUAGAAGUGCGCACUUGCUCCUGGGUGCGAAGAUGCGUAUUUCUGUUAAUCUUGAACGACGAAACCGAAACAAGAAAGAAUAGACCCAACCCUAGCCCGUAGGUAGAACCUUAAUUUAUCACUUUUAAGCGCUGUUAGUUGUUAGGUGAACAAAACUAUACAAAUAUGAAGUUUUUUUUUGAUCGCGAGCGCGAGCGCGUGCGUAAGAUGUUCGCAGCUCCGAGUGCUGGAACUUUAAAGAUGGAAGCAAGAAACUAUUCGACAAAGGUUAUUGUGUAUGAAACGAAAAGAAAAGAUACAAAUUGAAGAGCAUUGAGGAGAACUGUAACGAGAAUGAACUUUUUUUUUGUAGGAAAUAUCUUGUAUCGUUUCAAAUGUAAAAUAUAUUCAGAAAUAAAGAAACGAAAAUUGAAAAA